UUCCCAGAACGGACUGUUGUAAGUGUUACACACACACACACACCGGAAAUACUGACAGCAUGGUGGUUCUCUUCUGAGGAGGCGGUCAGUUUAACGUAACUUAUUACGAUUUCAGUCACUGUAAUCAUAUAUUUUUUUAACUAGCCGAGGCAUUCAUUUAAAUAUAUCUGUUAUCGGUCAUCGGAUAUUCACAGAAAAUAAAAACCCUCGACUUAGACGAUGAAUGUUGGUGUUAACGGUGCAGUGUGGUUUUGCUAGAUUCAGUGAAAUUGGGUGUUGAUUUUUUUACAUUCUGACCCGCUGUUAGAAAUGUCUAAAGUAAAGCUAAAGCAGCCCGUUAAGACUGUUAGUGCAGAAACAAACAAGAAAACUGAACGCGAUAAGAGAAACGCCAGAGCCGGCAAGGAAGGAAAACACAUGGUGCCGGAAGCGAAGAAACACGUAUUUCUUCCUCCCAGAGACGCUGCAGAGUUUUCGGAGAACUGGAAAAGACUUCUUAUGGUUCUCAACUCAAAGGAAGCUUCAAAGAAUUCACAGAAGCUUCAGUCAUUACCAGUGAAAGAAUCCCACAAAGCUGCUCAGAGCAGCAACGAAGACGCAGAUAAAACCACACAUAAAGACUUAAACAAACGGCAAGGAUCCAAAGCGGCUGGAACGGAACAAAACGGCAGUAAUCCUAAACGGCACAAAACUGAGAAGAGGAAAAUGAAUUGUUCUGAGGGAGGACAAAAGAAACCGACAGACAAAAGGAAGAAAGUUGAAGAGGUGGAAAAGAAAGUAACGGAGGCAGAUAUCUGGUUUGACGACAUCGAUCCUGAUGAUAUUGAGGCUGCUGUGGGCUCGGAGCCGGCUGACAUUGUGAGGAAGAGGACUGGUGUGACUAAAACAGAUGCCAAAAUUACAGAGAGCAGCACGGAACAGUUGCUGGUCAAGGGGAGCACUUGCGAUGGAUUGACACGUGCUGUUGCUAUGGAUUGUGAGAUGGUAGGGGUGGGGCCUGGAGGAGAGGAGAACAUGUUGGCCCGCGUCUCCAUCGUCAACUACUUUGGCAAGUGUGUUUAUGACAAAUAUGUUAAACCAACAGAGAAAGUCACCGACUACAGGACGGCUGUGAGCGGCAUUCGGCCGGCUGACAUUGAACACGGGGAGAACUUCAAAAUAGUACAACAGGAAGUGGCUAAGAUUCUGGACGGCCGAAUAUUAGUGGGACACGCCAUCCAUAAUGACCUGAAGAUUUUGUUACUGGAUCACCCAAAAAGAAAUACGAGAGACACUCAGAAGUACAAACCGUUUAAGAAGAUAGUAAAGAGUGGACGUCCGGCGCUGAAGGUUUUGUGUCGGGAGAUUCUGAAUGUGAAAGUACAGCAGGGAGAGCACUCGUCUGUCCAGGAUGCUCAGGCCACCAUGCGUUUGUACACACUGGUGAAAAAGAAGUGGGAGGCGGAUCUUAAAGCCAGCAGGGUUCAGACCACCAGCCAGAAAAUCCCUCGCAAACCCAGAGCUAAAGCUGACUCGAGAAACGCUCCAAUGCACAACGCAGACGGGAGGUGAAGAAUGAACUGGAGCUGAAACUGAAACACACACCCACACAGUAAUGACACAAGAGUUCCAAGUGACGAGUGUUUCCAUCACAUUACAUCUAGCAGUAAACCACUCCUUCAGUAGUUCUCAGUCUUAUCGUUAGCAACGUCUGGCGUGGCGUCUCUGAUUUUGGGGUCAGUUUAUAAUAAUUCAUUGACACCCAUCAGCUCUUUACUUCAUAGGUGACUGCCAGUGAAUAAUGCAUCAAUCACACUCGCUGCAUUCCUCCAGUGCAGCACUUUGGAAAUGUUCCACGUAUAUGUGUGUGUACACAUGUAUUUGUAUUUCAGACACGGUGUCUAACAGUUUGUUUUAUUCUUCAGAGUCAUUUUGAAUGCACACUAUUAAAAGACAUCUAAAAGAGAGCUGCAUAUACGAGUGAUUUUAUAUUAGUAUAGGUGGAGAGGUCACAGAAAACAUUCUUUUCAGAUUUCUACUGAAAUUUUAGAUGUGGAGGAUAAGUGUAAUACAUUUAAAAUUUAUAUCCUGAAUUUAUUUAUUUCUGUAAAGCUGCUUUGUGACAAUGUCCGUUGUUAAAAUCCCUAUACGAAUAAAAAUGCAAUUGAAUUGAA